AUGGGUUUACAAGUGUCUCCUUUGACUAAAAUUAUCUGCCUAAGUGGUGUAUUGGCAUUAGGGUUUUUAUUAAUCAUAUUGAGUUGUGCUCUUUUCCAUAACUAUUACCCAUUGUUCGAUGUGUUGGUAUUCCUACUUGCACCACUGCCUAACGCUUUGUUCGGGAGGAGCGAUGGGUUCUCUUCCCAUGGCGAGUUCUUGAACGAAUCUGGAAGAAACGGUGAAGACUUUGGACAUUUCAUGACCGGAAUACUAGUUUCUAGCGGUGUACUACUACCAGUGGUGUUUCACCACGCAAGGUUGAUAAAUUACGAAAGUGCACUAAUGACACUAUCAGGUGGUCUUAUUAUAUAUCUGUGCAUUGUUGUCUUCACAUGGUUUUUCAAUGGUUCAUUGGAGUCAGAAGAUGACAACUUGUUUGGGUAUUAG